CAGAAUUUGGCUGCUUUUUGGGCCUUGGGUCUUCUAAACAAUGUCGUGUACGUCAUCAUGCUCGCUGGGGCCAAAGAGAUCAAUGCGGGCGGCGUGGGCUUGGUUUUCCUGGCGGACGUGGCACCCACUUUCCUGGUCAAGCUCUCGGCGCCCUACUGGUACGUGGCAAUACAGAGCAAGACUAGGACCAGUGCGCCUCCUCCUCUCUCCCUCCCUUCCUCCCCCAAUCGCACGUGUCUGCAUUCGUCGCGAGAGCUAGCGCCUGCCCAUCUAGACACUGUUAUUGAUGUCGCUUUUCUUUUCUUCCCUAUUUACUUCGCCUCCCUUACCAUAGGCGUUGGCUUCUGCUCUCUCCAAGCAGGGAUCGGUGAGGCCUCCAUGCUGGGACUGACCGCUCAAUACCAUGGCCCUUCCACCAUCACCGCCUGGUCCUCGGGAACCGGUUUUGCGGGCAUUCUAGCAUACCCCUGCCAAAUGUCCUCCUCCCUUCUAACCUCCCUCUUUCGUAACCAUGUCUCGUCGUCACAGGAGGUGCUGGCAGACAUAAACGACGAGUUGAGCUCUGCAGUGGACGAGCGGGACGAGGAGGAGUAUGGGGUGGAUGAAGGGGAGGAUGGAGAAGGAGCAGGUUUGCCGGACUUUGGCGAGGGCACUGCCGCCUCCGCACUUCUCUCUCCAAAUGCAAUCUCUCCCUUGUAUUCGUAUCCCUCUACAUCGUUGCGCAAUGAGGCGGAGGGAGAGGAGGAGGAAGGAAGGGGCGGGGAACGAGAGGGGGAGGGCCGAGGCAGGGAGAGAAAGGGAGGGCGGGUACAAAAACGGGCGAGAACGAGAAAAGGGAAACGGAGUCACCCUCACACCCACGUAUUCACUAUUCGUGAGCGCUGGUCGCUGUUUUUAAGCCUGUGGCCCUACACUGUGCCCCUGGUAACCGUAUAUUGGGCGGAGUAUGCGAUGCAGUCAGGGGCUUGGUCGGCCAUUGGCUUUCCCGUCGAGGAAGAGAAGGCUCGCAAGCUCUUUUACGCGUGGGCCAACAUGUCUUAUCAGAUUGGCGUCUUCCUCUCGCGCUCGUCGGGCCUGCUUCUCCCCCCCUCUUUGCCUUUGCUCUGGACCCUUCCCGCCCUUCAGUGCCUCCUUCUCCUCUUCUUCUGUCUGAAUGCCAUUUGGCACUUUUGGUAUGAUUGGGGCCUUUUGAGCCUGUGCUUUGUUGCGGGUCUUUUUGGCGGAGCCGUUUACGUGGCGGGUUUCAGCCUCAUUUCCCGGCACACACGGGACGACCACAGGGAAUUGGCGUUGGUCUCCGCCUCCAUAGCCGAUACUGUAGGAAUCAUGCUGAGUAAUGUGGCUGGCCUACUUUUGCAG